UUGGGCGCUUCACCUUGGCCGCGCCCACUGCAACUCUCUCAAUACUUUGUGCAACUAUAAUCAUAUGUACGUACACUGGCGUAAAGUCCAAACUGUAAGUCAAGGAUUCAUGUCAAGUGCUUUUUAUUGCAGCCAAGAUGAACCUUGAGGAGUACUUCCAAAGAAUCGGGUUCCGGGGCACGUAUGACAAAGCCGAUCUCGCCACGCUGAAGCUGAUCCACAAACAGCACAUCAUGUCCAUCCCCUUCGAAAACCUCGACAUACAUUGCGGUGGGAAAAUCGUCAUGAAUCUGGAAGUCAUCUUCGACAAGAUAGUCCGUCAGGGUCGUGGUGGCUGGUGUAUGGAGAACAAUUUCCUGCUGUCCUGGGUGCUCGCAGAAAUGGGCUAUGACGUCGCUGUGUUGGCCGCCAGGGUGUUCAACCGCGCCACUGGUGACUUUUCCACCUUGGAAGCUCACCUCGUUAACAGAGUGGUGAUUGACGGGAAGCCCUACAUAGAAGACGUCAGCUUCGGGGUGUCGUCGCAACUGUGGGAGCCUCUGGAGCUCGUCUCCGGGAAGCUGCAGGUCCAGCCGCCCGGUACGUUCCGUCUCAUGGAUAAAGAAGACUUCUGGAUUCUGGAGAAGACGAACAGGAAGCCGGAGAUUCUCAAUCCGGAGUUCGCCAAUUCUAAUCUGGUAAACAGUCAUCUGAAGAGGAGUUUAUACUGCUUCAACUUGACGCCCCGCACCGCUGAAUAUUUCAUGGACGUCAGCAACAGUCUCCAGACGGACCCUUCCUCGCUGUUCGUAAACAAGUCGAUUUGCUCGCUGCAAACGGCAACAGGCUUCCGGGCCCUGAUCGGCUGGACCUACAGUGAGGUCACCUUCCAGGUCGACCGGGGCGUGGAUGUCUAUGAUAUGAAGGAUGUGCCCGGUGAGGAGAUAGAGAGCCUCCUGAGAGACAAGUUCAACAUCUGUUUGCCUAACAAACUACAGCCUGUGAACAACCAAUUUAAGUACACCCUCUGAAGCAGUGAUUCUCAAACUGGGGUCAGGAGAGCUCAACUCGGGGGUCCACAAAAUAUUUUUUUUUCUUACAAAAAAACCCCAACCCAAAAUAAUAAAGCAGUCACCCCUCUAUAUGGACAAUUAGAAGUUUGAACACUU